CAACAACCUCCUCGUUCACCUCACUCCCCUCCCCCCGAUGGACUUCCAGCCGCUCCAGGCGCUGCCGAGCGCACCGCGCGCCUCGUCAUCCACGAACCCUCACUCGCGCCACUUCCACUCGUUCCGACACCCUCUCUUCAUCAAGCACGCCGCGCCCGUCACCCACAUCCACUUCUCGCCCUCCAAGCCCCACCGCUAUGCUGCUACCGCAUCAACACGCGUGAUCGUGUAUGCGCCCAAGACGGGAAAGCCCGUCAAGACAGUCACGCGGUUCAAGGAUGUGGCGCGCUGCGGCGAGUUCAGGAAGGACGGCAAGCUCAUGGUUGCCGGCUCGGACGACGGCCUUGUGCAGAUCUUUGACGUGGGCUCGCGCGCCGUCCUCCGCACCAUGAAGGAGCACAAUCAGCCUGUUCACGUGACCCACUUCUCACCACACCUGCCGCAGGUGUUGUCGGGCUCGGACGAUCGGACAGUCAAGGUGUGGGACGUGACGACGCAGGAAUGCUUGCAUACAUUUGAAGGGCAUACCGACUACGUGCGUGCUGCCGUGUUCGCGACGCCGCACACCAUCCUCUCGUCGUCGUAUGACUCUACGGUGCGGCUAUGGGACGCGCGCCUGCCGCCAGACCAGGCGAACACGCUCACGAUGCGGCACGGCGGUGCCCCCGUCGAGGACGUGGCCGUGUUUCCAUCCGGCGGCGUGGCGCUGUCUGCCGGCGGGCCGAUCCUGCGCGUCUGGGACUUGGCGAUGGGGCGCUGUCUCCGCGCUCUCUCGAACCACCAGAAGACAAUCACGAGCCUCGCAUUCGACGGCACGCGCGGCCGCGUCCUCACCGCCGGCCUCGAUGCCAUGGUCAAGGCGUACGACGUUGCCGAGUGGAAGGUCGUGCACACGAUGCGGUAUCCUGCGCCGGUGCUGUCGCUCGCGAUUUCGCCGGACGACACGCACAUCGCCGCGGGCAUGACGGACGGCACGCUGUCCGUGCGCCGGCGCGACCCGAAGGCGUCGGAGGCGGCGGCGCACGACGCCAAGCAGGCCGUGAUAGCGUCGGGCGCAUACGACUACUUUGCGGACAUGGAGGCCGUGUUCGGGCGCGGACACAUCAAGGCGAAGCGGCGCGACGUGCCCGUCCUCGCCGCGGCGGACGAGGUGCGCGUCGAAACGCGCCGCCGCGAGCGCCUCCGCGAGUUUGACAGAUAUCUCAAGGCGUUCAAGUACUCUGCGGCCCUGGAUGCGGGGUUGAAGAAGGUAGGCUGUGUUGAGGAAGCAGGCUAAUCCCAGACCGUGCGGCCCACGACGACGUUCGCCCUCAUCCAGGAGCUUGUGCAGCGGGACGGACUGCGCAUCGCCCUAAGCGGGCGCGACGAUGUCUCGCUCGA